AUGAAGUUCCUUCUGGCAAGUGUCGCCACCGUGCUGGUGCUAGCGAGCGUUGUUAGUGGUGUUUUGCAGAACGAAGUGGUACCGAGCGCCGAAAGCAAUUCCCAGGAAGACAGCCAAAGCAAUCCGUGCGAAGGAUUGCUCAUCGGCAUCGUGAAGCAUCCAUCGAGCUGUUACAAAUACAUCACCUGCUACCUCGAAAAGCCCACCGAGGAAACCUGUCCGCCCGAAACGAUCUUUGAUCUGCAAGAAAUCACCUGCGUCCCCGGAAAUCAGCGUACAUGUCGCAAGGAAGGUGAAGAGGUCCCUCUGCCGGGAGAUAUUUGCCGUGGCAUCAUUCUAGGAACGAUGGUACACCCGGAGGAUUGUGCCAAGUAUGUGAGCUGUUUCCUUGGCCGCGCACGUGAACGGUCCUGUCGCCGUGGAUUCGUGUUCUCGGAGCGUCUGAUGAUCUGUCUACCGGGCGAUCUGAACUCGUGCCAAGUGACGCUAAUACCAACGACCACAACGAUCGCUCCAGAAGAUGUGAUACCCAUUCCGACCGAUUACUGUCGCAGUAACAAUGUGUCCGUUGGGUUGCUGCCGCAUCCGCAAUUCUGCACCCGUUAUGUUGUUUGCGCUCUUUGGAUUCCGAUCGAACGCGAGUGUGAUCGGUUCCAGGUAUUCAGCCAGCGACUUUCGAUGUGCCUGCCAGGAAAUGUGAAUCGGUGUCGACCCAUCUUUGGCCUAAAAGAUGCGGAAAUAGAACCUGCCGUCUGA